UUUAGCCGCGCGCUCCCGGGGCGCAGCCGUUGCCGGGGAACGGCGGGAGCGCAGCCAAGGGAACGGCGGGGGGGGGGAAAACAGGAACGGGAACGGGGGGGCUGCUCCGGGACCAGGACCGGCACCGGCAGCGGGUCCGACACCGGCAGCGGGCCCGGGAGCGAUCGGUGCGGCCCCGCUGCGCCCCCCGCGCCAUGUGCGCAGCGCACCGGGGCUGCGCGGCCCGGCGGGAGCGGCGGCCGCGGGGGGAGCGGCGCUGAGGGGUGAUGGCGCAAGACAACGCCGCCUUCUGUGGGGUCCCCGAGGGGCUCCCGGGGGACACCAAGCCCCCCUUGGUCCCUCCCAAGCGUCGGGGGGCCAGCGCCCGCAAGCGCCAACGUUACGUGGAGAAAGACGGGAAGUGCAACGUGCAACACGGGAACGUGCGGGAGACUUACCGCUACCUCACCGACAUCUUCACCACGCUGGUGGACCUCAAGUGGCGCUUCAGCCUCCUCGUCUUCAUCCUGGCCUAUGCCGUCACCUGGCUCUUCUUCGGCCUCAUCUGGUGGUUCAUCGCCUACUGCCGGGGGGACCUGGAGCACCUGGAGGACCACGCUUGGACGCCUUGCGUCAACAACCUCAACGGCUUCGUCUCCGCCUUCCUCUUCUCCAUUGAGACGGAGACCACCAUCGGCUACGGCCACCGCGUCAUCACCGACAAGUGUCCCGAGGGCAUCGUGUUGCUGCUCCUCCAGGCCAUCUUGGGCUCCAUGGUCAAUGCCUUCAUGGUGGGCUGUAUGUUUGUGAAGAUCUCCCAACCCAACAAGCGCGCCGAGACCUUGGUGUUCUCGUCCCACGCUGUGGUCUCUCUGCGGGACGACCGGCUCUGCCUGAUGUUCCGCGUGGGCGACCUGCGGGACUCGCACAUUGUGGAGGCGUCCAUCCGCGCCAAGCUCAUCAAGUCCAAGCAGACGCAAGAGGGCGAGUUCAUCCCCCUGGACCAGACCGACCUGAGCGUGGGCUUCGAGACGGGUGACGACCGGCUCUUCCUCGUCUCGCCCCUCAUCAUCAGCCACGAGAUCGACGAGCGCAGCCCCUUCUGGGACGUCUCACGGCACCAGCUGGAGAAGGACGAUUUCGAGAUCGUCGUCAUCCUCGAGGGGAUGGUGGAGGCCACAGGGGACAUCUCACCUGCAUGGGGACAUCUCAACCCUGGGUGUUCCUGCCCCGUCCUACAGGGAGGUGACCCCAAAUUCCCCCUCCCCCCCAAGCUCAGCCUGGGUCCCCCCCACCAGAACAAGCCCAUUGCAUGGGGUGCAGCCUUCACCAGGAGCGUGGGGAGGGGGUCCCAAUGACAGUGACAGCCCCUGAUGUCCUAGUCCGUCCCCUGCUCACUGGGGUGUCUCAUGCAACUGGGUGCUGUACAGAUCCCCCAGCCAGGACUGGGGUGCCCCUGUGCACAGGGGUGCAGUCCAGCCCCCCCCAACCAGGAGCAGGGCACCCCAUGCAGUGGGUGCUGCAGAUUUUGGGGUGCCCCACACAAUAGGUGCAGCACAGUUUGGGGUCCUGCAUGCACUGGGUGCUUCAGAUAUUGGGGUGCCCCACACAACAGGUGCAGCACAGAUUGGGGUGCAGAUAUUGGGGUUCCCCACACAACGGGUGCAGCACAGAUUGGGGUGAAGAUAUUGGGGUGCCCCACACAAGGGGUGCAGCACAGAUUGGGGUCCUGCAUGCAGUGGGUGUUUCAGAUAUUGGGGUGCCCCACACAAUGGGUGCAGUACAGAAUGGGGUCCUGCAUGCACCAGGUGCUGCAGAUAUUGGGGUGCCCCACACAAUGGGUGCAGCACAGAUUGAGGUCCUGCAUGCAGUGGGUGCUUCAGAUAUUGGGGUGCCCCACACAGGGAGUGCAGCACAGAUUGGGGUCCUGCGUGCACUGGCUGCUGCAGAUAUUGGGGUGCCCCACACAAUGGGUGCAGCACAGAUUGGGGUGCAGAUAUUAGGGUGCCCCACACAGUGAGUGCAGCACAGAUUGAGGUCCUGCAUGCACUGGGUGCUGCAGAUAUUGGGGUGCCCCACACAAUGGGUGCAGUACAGAAUGGGGUCCUGCAUGCAGUGGGUGCUGCAGAUAUUGGGGUGCCCCACACAGUGAGUGCAGCACAGAUUGGGGUCCUGCAUGCACUGGGUGCUGCAGAUAUUGGGGUGCCCCACACCACGGGUGCAUCACAGCCCCCUCCACCCACCCCAUUACCACGGGUCACCCCGCCACGUCCCCACGUCCCCGGGCCGGGUGUCACGGGCUGUCCCGGGCUGUCCCCCC